AAAUAAAAUAAAAUAAAAUGGUGUAUGCAUUCAAUUUUGAUUUGAAUCAAAUAACCGUCACAAACUAAAAUACUCGGUAGAAGGAGAGAAUAUAGGUAUUCCUUUGGCGGCAGCAGUAACAGCAGGCCAGCAGCUCUCCCAUCUCUCUCUUUCUCUCUCCUCCUUUCUGUUGUUGCAUGAUUAAUAUUUAAUACGGAGUACUAUCAGAAGUUCCUCAAUUUCAAAUUAGUUAUUCCAAUAGUUUUGCUGUCUAUCUUUCUCUCUCUUCGAUUUUGCGGCAAAAUCUGCGGACCGUAUCACAACUCGUCGUCAUUCUAUUUGUUGAUGGUCAUCUAAUUAGCCUCUCGAUUCCUCCGCAUCAGAUCAUUCAAGAUGGUUGCUUUUGGGAAAAAGUUGAAAGAAAGGCAGCUCCAAGAAUGGCAAGGGUAUUACAUCAACUACAAACUAAUGAAGAAGAAAGUCAAACAAUAUGGUCAACAUAUAGAGACUGGAACACUGGGAAGACGGCAGGUGUUGAAAGACUUCUCAAGAAUGUUAGACAUUCAGAUCGAAAAAAUCGUCCUUUUCCUUUUGGAACAACAAGGGCUCCUUGCUGGGAGGUUAGCCAAACUUGGAGAGCAGCAUAACUCUCCUGAUCAACAGUCAGACAUAGCAACAAUAUCUCAAUUGCGGGAAGCAUAUAGAGAAGUUGGGCUGGAUUUAUUAAAGCUUCUGUACUUUGUUGAGAUUAAUGCUAUUGGUCUUCGUAAGAUUCUAAAGAAGUUUGAUAAGCGAUUUGGUUACCGUUUCACUGAUUACUAUGUGAAAACACGUGCUGAUCAUCCUUAUUCUCAGCUGCAGCAAGUCUUCAAGCAUGUGGGAAUAGGAGCCGUUGUGGGAGCUAUAACUCGCAAUCUCGGAGACUUGCAGGAGCGCCAAGGAAGUUAUGCAUCGAUAUAUGAUCAGCCUGCUCUACCCCUUCAGGAUCCUGUAAUUGAUUCCAUAAAAUCAGCUGUAGAUAGGUUGGGCUACUCGACGAAUUUCCUUCACUUCUUAGCGCAACAUGCGCUUAUCAUGCAGGAUGAGAUAUUACCAAGUCCAGUUGAGGAGGAACUUGUUGACAAAAGCUACCAUUUCGAUUCGCUUAUUUUAAACUUAGCAAACACAUUUUUAUACAUGAUCAAUACAUAUAUUAUUGUUCCAACUGCCGAUGAUUACUCCAUGAGCCUUGGAGCUGCUGCAACAGUCUGUGGUAUUGUUAUUGGUGCAAUGGCUGUUGCACAGGUCUUUUCUUCAGUGUAUUUCAGUGCCUGGUCUAACAGAUCAUACUUCAGACCUCUUGUAUUUAGCAGCAUCGUUCUUUUUGUGGGAAAUAUCAUGUAUGCAUUGGCUUUUGAUUUCAACUCAAUAUGGAUUCUCUUGAUUGGUCGUGUCUUCUGUGGAUUGGGUUCUGCUAGAGCAGUUAACCGGCGUUACAUCAGUGAUUGCGUGCCCCUUAAGAUUCGAAUGCAAGCAUCAGCUGGUUUCGUCAGUGCAAGUGCUCUUGGAAUGGCAUGUGGCCCCGCUCUUGCCGGCUUACUCCAAACAAAUUUCAAGCUUUUCAACUUGACCUUCAACCAGGAUACUCUUCCUGGUUGGGUUAUGGCAGUUGCCUGGCUGCUGUAUUUAGUUUGGCUGUGGAUUGCAUUUAAAGAACCUUCACAUGAGGAUGAUUAUGUGGAACAACAAUCUAACACAGAAACACAGCAGAAUGAUGUGAUGGAGAGAGGUCUUCAGCAACCUUUGCUUAUAACGGAAAAGAUUGAGAGAAGUUCAGAAGAAAAGGAACGAAAUGGUGAUGAUGAUGACGGUGAUGCAGAAUGUGACGAAAGUGAAGAAGCUCCUGAAGAAUCCCGCAAACCAGUCACUUCAUUUGCAUCUGCUUACAGAUUGCUCACGCCUUCUAUUAAGGUCCAAUUGUUGAUAUAUUUCAUGCUCAAGUAUGCAAUGGAAAUCUUACUUUCAGAAUCUAGUGUUGUUACGACAUACUAUUUUGGUUGGACUACAAGCUCCGUGUCUAUUUUUCUCGCCUGCCUUGGUCUGACGGUACUUCCUGUGAAUAUAGUUGUUGGAAGCUACAUCAGUAACAUGUUUCAGGAGAGGCAAAUUUUGUUGGCGUCCCAGAUUAUGGUUUGCAUAGGCAUCCUGCUUAGCUUCAACUUUUUUGUUAAGUAUACUGUCCCGCAAUAUGUCUGUUCAGGCCUGAUCAUGUUCGUCUCUGCUGAAGUUCUCGAGGGGGUGAACCUGUCGCUCCUCUCUCGGGUAAUGUCAUCAAGACUCUCACGCGGGACAUACAAUGGUGGACUGCUAUCAACAGAAGCUGGAACACUAGCAAGAGUGGUUGCAGAUGGCACAAUCACCCUGAUCGGGCUGUUGGGUACAAGUAGUCUACUGAAUCUGACUCUUCUACCUUCGUUUCUUAUUUGCGUUGGCUGCAUAAUUGCUACUUGCUACACCUACAACUCUCUCUACUGAUUACUUCAGUCAUGAGCAUCCACACAAUUCCUCCUUUUCCAUUCUCAACUCUCAAAUUUUGAUUGUUAUUUAUUUUAUUUUUUCCAGUUUUGACAUUUCACCUGUUUUUGAUGUAUAUUGUAGGGCAAGAUAGGCCUAUUUUGUUAGUUUGCCCUCAAUUGAGCCUCUUUAGCUAAAUACUUGAGGUGGUUUGCCGUGGGCAGUAAUAAUGUUCAUUUCAACAUGGUUCCUUUGCA